AUGGACCAAGAAUCUGCCGCAGCGCGCGCUGUCAAAUCUCGGAAGCGACCGCAGUCCCAGGCCUCCACUGCCUCCAUUCACAGCGCCACGACUCAACACAACAUGGAAGGCUCUGGAUUUGCCGAUGCUUCGGGCAUGUACGGGGGUCAAUGGAUGCACAAUGAGCACCCCAACGCCAAAGACAUGUCUGCUCCGCAAAUGUCCCCCGAGGACAUGAUCCUGCAAGCUGCCACGCACAUGCAGUCCGCCAACCAUGAGUUCGCCAUGGACGGUUCCAUGGCGGCGCAUAUGCACCACAUGGCUUACCAGCACCACCACGGCAUGCCUAGACACCCUCUCCCUGCCGAUCAGUUUGGCCCCAAUGCCAGCUUCACUGAAGGCGACAGCCAGAUGCUCGACAGAGACGAUGGCGACGACGGCGACUCCAUGUCACUCGCUGCUGGUGUAAACAAGCCCAGCCGAUCGAGUGCCAAUAACGAGCUUGAAAUGCGACAGCUUUUCAGCGCCAACAGGCACCGUGGGCUGCAAGACGUCGCCUCCGAGCUCCACGGUAAUGAGCGUGGCCCCAACUCGGAAAGAACCCGUCAGGUUUUCGCCAUGCUUUGGAUCAACACGACCUGCACCAAGGGCAAGGGCUCCGUUCCCCGUGGCCGUGUUUAUGCAAACUACGCCUCGCGCUGUGCCACCGAAAGAAUCACGGUUUUGAACCCCGCUAGCUUCGGAAAGCUUGUUCGCGUUCUUUUCCCAGGCCUCAAGACUCGCCGUCUGGGCGUUCGUGGAGAAUCGAAAUACCACUACGUCAACUUCGCUCUUGCUGAGGACCAGUCUGACCUGGUCGAAGCUCCUCAACCGCCUCGUGCUCUGUCCGAAGCUAAGAGCUUCUCUCAGAGCCAGAACACGGUAUCGCAGCCCCAAGAUGGCUUGAAACGCGGGCUGCCGUUAACACAGCCUGUGGACGAGUCCCAACCUAGGCAGGUCAUCACACAGGUCGCCGACAGAUCGCACAGUCGAUACAACCAGCCAGACCUUGCCAGCAUUGACAACAUUCAGUCCACUGCUACCAAGACUCGCCUGGAACUAGAGUUCCCUCCCUAUAACCAGGAUGACUUUGAACAAUCUGAGCCUCUCGGUCUUCCGGCCAUUGAGGCGUUCCUUCCUCAGGGAACCGACCCCGACGCAGCCAAGUCAUUGUCUGCUCUAUACAGGUCUCACUGCACCUCUCUAGUCGAAUGCAUUCGAUACUGCAGAGAAAAGACUUUCUUUCACCUAUAUACAUCCUUCCAGGGUACACUCACCAUGCCCGUGCAAAAGCUAUUUAGCCAUGAGGCGAUUGCUCCUUGGAUUGAGGGCUCUGACUUUGUCUUGUAUCAGCGCAUGAUGCGCAUCAUCUCCGGUUUGACCCUGCAGGUGGUGCCUAAGCCGGUUCUUGAUACCCUGAGAAAUAUUUCGGAAAGAAUUGUGCCACACAUUCGCGAAUCGUUUCAGGGCCAACCGCAGCACGUCAUUGCCGCCAAGGAGGCUCCUGCGGCUCUUUUCGCCGGUCUUAUUGACCGUGCUCUUCGUGUUAACUUGACAGCUCAUGCGGCCGCCAACAUGCUCUCCAACCCUGCCAACCGCGAUCAGAUGUAUGUGGAUUGGAUAACCAUGAUCCGCACUCGCAAGGUGGCCGAGUGUGUACCCACCCGCGGUAUGGACGAUGUUGUCGACCUGCUGGUUACCGAAAUGCGUGAUCUCCUGGAUCCUGUCAGCGUCCCUUGGGAAGUUGAGGUGCUUACCAUUUACGGCGACCAUGCCAGCCGCAAUCCUCGUCAAGAAAAUGAGGGUGGAGCAGCCUCGACUGGCCAAAAUGUGUUGGACAGAUGGGUCAACUUUUUACGAUUGCUCCCAUCUAAAUUUACCUACGCAUCUCACGCCGACAUUGUGUGGUGCGUAGAGCGCGUCGGCACUGCCGUGAUGCGCGAUUUGACCCUCUCACAGGGCAAGAGCUUUGGGUCAUGGUGGGUAACAAAGACAUGGGUUGAUGAGAUGGUGUGCUUCAUUGCCGAGCAGGGAGGGUUCAUGAAGCAGAAGUCUUCGCCUGUGGUCAAUGCUGCCCCAAACGCUGAGGCAGCUGGCAAGGAGGCCAGCUGCCAGAACUCUCGAUACAACAAUGCCAGCGAGGAGCUGAACCUGUCACAAUCACAGCCCGGCCGUGCGCCGUUCCCUCCGCCUGCGAAUAGCCUCAAUGGCAAGGCCCAUAACGCGUCUUCCCAGCCAGCAGCGGAUACUGACGCACACGACGAUAGCGGAAUCGGCAUUCGAACACCAGAGGAGGACUUUUCUAUGCACAAAUACACCUUUGCCGAAUCCGAAGCGCCAGCUCUGAUGGGAGCAACUGAGCUUACGGCUUGA